GAUGAAGUGUUCCAUCUCUCUCUCACUCUCGUGGAGAGGUUCCCACCAGCAGGUGAUAACAGUUGAACCCGUCAACUACCAGUUCACACUUGAUACUCGAUUAAAUUUCAAGUUAAAUUAUUGCGACUAAUUGACAUUAAAUUAAAAAAAUAUAUUUUGAUAUCUGUAUGAAUUAACUUCAAACUUAGUCCAGUUGACUCGACCAAAAUUAUUUCAUAAAUUGAGUUUAAUACAAUUACAAUUUAACUAUCAAGUUAAGUUUCAGCUCCUGCAAUGACAUCAUCAUCAUCGCCACCAAGGAAAGGAAGAAGGGCCGAUUCAAUCUCUGCGAUAUGCUCUUCGAGCAGUACGAAUCCCGACAGAAUGUCGACACCACGGUCAUUGUAGCCGAUGAGAAGUUGUCUGUUCACAAAAUUGUGCUUAUCGGAGUGUCACGUAAAUUCCGCGACGCAUUGAGACAGCAACAAGAUGGAGGUGUGAUUACAUUUCCUGAAGACUUCAAUCCUCGUAGCGAGAGAGUUCAUAAAGGUCAUGUACCUGCAGAAGAUUUGGACAUUGAUUUCAAUCAAGCUCUGGACGUGUUAUGUCCUUAUGUCCAAAGCCCAAUCCUGGCUACGCCGCUGGCUAAGGCCAACGACUUUGUCCGACUCAUUGCCAGACAUUACAAGACUGCGGCAGGAUUUAACAUUCCGAAGGUCACACAGACUCCAAAAUGGACGACCUGACUCCUCCAAAAUUGACUACCGACUACUCCGCCUGGCAAAGCAAGCCGAAACAGCCGACAUUUUCGUUACAUUCCACGAGGGGAUGGAAGGAAUUUUGCAAUCCGUUCAAGAAUCCCGAUAUGCAUCUCGAGAUGAAAUUCUUAACGCCAUGCACUCGGGCCUCAUAGGUCUUGCAACUCGAGUCCAAACCAAUGUGAGGUCCUAUCUCCAGGGACGAUUCGAAUUUAAAUCCUUGUGGAUCACCAAUCAGGUAUAUGUCAAGGGUGCUACCAUGGAUCUCAUCAUGAUCCUCGCCUCCUUCACAGAAGUCAAUAGUUUGGAGUUGGAGGAAAUCAUUGAACUAGACACGAUCGUUGAGGGACCUAUUCUAAGAGGAAAACCAAUUCCAGAGCAUGAAUGGGGAGUUCGGAAAAUCCAAGCACCAGAAGCUCGUGAACUCCUUGGAAGUUUGUCGAUUAAGGGAUCUCAAGUAGUCGUGUCCACCAUCGACACCGGAGCUCGCCACACCCACGAAGCCUUGAGAGACAACUGGGCUGGAGACUACGGGUGGUUUGACCCCUACGAUGCCAACUCUUUGCCCAUGGACAUCAACGGUCAUGGAACUCACACCACUGCAACUAUCGCUGGGAAACUGGGUGUCGGUGUCUUUCCGGAUGCAAAAUGGACCUCGUGUCGCGGAUGUGCGAGUUCAUCUUGUGCCCAGAACGCCCUUUUGGCAUGUGCUCAAUUUAUCGCCUGCCCAACUCGACCUGAUGGCAGUGCCCCUGACUGCACAAAAGCUCCCAAUCUUGUUUCAAAUAGUUGGGGAGGUGGUCGCGGUGCUACUUGGUUUGAUGGUGCAAUUGCUGCUUUCCACACAGCGAAAAUCAUUCCAUUGUUCUCCAUCGGAAAUUCGGGACCGUCCUGCAACACGGCCAACUCGCCCGGAGACAGAGACGUGAUUGGUGUAGCAUCCACCACAGUUUCCGACGAAUUGUCCUCAUUCUCCUCGGUCGGCCCAACAACCGAUGGCCGAAUGAAGCCUGACGUCUCUGCGCCUGGAUCCAACGUCCUUUCCGCCUACAACACAGCCGAUGAUGCUUAUCGAGCUCUUUCCGGAACGAGUAUGGCGUGCCCACAUGUCAGCGGUCUCAUCUCUCUCCUUCUGACCUAUGACAUAAAUCUUUCUUAUGCAAAUGUGACUAGCUUCAUGCGAAGAGGAGUCGACCAAGACCUCGUUGAUCAGGAGAAAACAUGUAGUGGUAUUCCAGACAACCAGUUUCCCAACUAUCACCACGGCGAAGGGAGGAUCAACGCCCUAAAAUCACUCCAACUAUUGAUCAACGCUAGCCAAUAGUCCUUCAUCAACCACUUGUAACAUCACUUGUACAUAUUCAAAUCAAUAAAUUGUACAUUUCUUGUAUCAUAACCAGACAUAAUGAACUAAUAAAUAAAUACAUCAAUCAGCCAGUAAAAUGAGGCACUACGUAAUUUUAAGUUUUCAUUUAUCAUUUAAUGUUUAGUUGGCCAAGAUUUACAAGGAUAAUAUUUAUGAAAUAUGUAUAUGUAUAUCUUGCAAUUCACGCUUAAUUAGUGUAUUCCUGGAAGAUCCACCAAUAAUACUCAUAUCUAAAAUAGA